CCUCCGUGCCGCACCCUCUCACCCCGUCAGCCGGCUGCGCACUGGCUUGCGCUGCUCUGCCGGCGCGUCCCUCUCUGCCGCCGCCAUGCGGUCCCGCGCCUGCCACGCCCGCGCGCUGCUCCGCCUGGCCGCCUCGCAUGCGCCCGCCGCAUCCGCCUCGGCGGCGCUGCCGGCCGCUGCGGCCGCUGCUCGCUCAUCGGCGGCAGCGUCGCUCCACGUCAGCUCCUCGAAGCUCGGCAGCGCCGGCGCCAUGAUGCACAGCGUCGCCGCCGCGCACUCGUCGCCCUCGUCGCAGCGCCGCGCCUACGUCGCGCCGGCCGACUCGGCCGGCCGGCGCCGCGCUGUGCGUCCGUCGCCGUCGCGCCGCCGCUCCUCCUCGGCGGCCGUCGCGUGCGCUCCCGAGAGCCCGAUGCAGCCCAGCGCCGCCGCCUCGCGGUCGCGCGGCGCUGCCUCUGCUAAGGGCAGCGAGACGCUCGUGCUUGCUGCGCCGCCACCCUCCUCGCUCAACGACGUCGCGCUGCAGUCCUUCUUCUCAGUGCACCGGCCGCUGCUGGAGCACUCUGUCGUGGCGCCGACUGCUGAUGGCAAGGGCUCCUCUGGCUCCUCGCCGCGAGUCAAGGAGAUCGUGGCCGACAUGAUGAGCAACUCAAGCAAGGCCAAGGGCGCCAUCAUCGAGAUCGCCGUGCCCUACGACCAGACAUGGCCCCGCGCGCUGCGCAACAUCGAGCCGCAGCAGUUCUCCAAGCUGCUCGAGCGCCUCUCCAGCCCCAUGCGGCCAUCAUCGACGGUCGGCCUCUCUGCCCACGUCUACCGCGAGGCAGCGCGGAUCGCUGCCGACGAGCGGGCGCGCGCCGACCGCGCCGACGCUGUGUCUGCUGCCAUUGAGCGCGGCGAAGACCCGGCGAUUGCCGAGUCGCUCGGCUCCGAGGCCGACCUCGUUGUGCUUGGCGAGCCGGACGGACCGCACAAGGACUGGGCGCCGGGCGUGGCGACGUACCUGGCCGAGCACACGCGGGCGUUUGAGGCGCCCGCUCCGCCGACCGUCGGCGCUGUGCCGCACUCGGGCGCGUCCAUGCGCGUCUUGUCGAGCGAGGAGCAGGAGAUGGAGGCCAUUGCUGCUCGCCUCACGACACUCUUCCUGGACUCGAUGCGCGGCUCUGCCUCCUCGGGCAGCUCCCAGGCGCUGCACCAGGACGACGACGAGCCGAACCUGCUCCUCUCGCACGCCAUGGUGCAGGCCAGCCUGCCGCGCGCCCUCUCGUGGGACAGCGUGCUCGCCAAGAUGAGCGAGGCUGCCGGCACCGAGCCGGCCGGCCCGGCCGUCAACCUCAGCGCGCUCAACGCCGACCUGCUGCCGCGGCCCGUGAGCGUGGACAUGGACAGCGUGCGGCGCAAGCGCAAGAAGAAGAUGCGCAAGCACAAGUACCGCAAGCUGCGCAAGGCAACGCGAGUGGAGCGCCGCCGCCAGAAGACGUAAGAAGUGAGGAAGCGGAGCUCUGCGCACCGCUGGAGACGAUGCCGUGCGCAGCUCCGGCAGCAAAUGAGAUAGAGACACAAGUGGCGAAAGCGCGGUGUAUGGUGGGCGGCAUUUUGCUGCCGCCGGCCGAUUAGAUUGUUGCUACAGUCGAGGGUGACGUCGGGCUCGUUCGCUCGCUGUCCCGCCUCACGCCUUCCAGUCUCCCGCUGCCGCAUAGUCAUCGCCCGUGUCCGGCGCCGCCUCGAUGGCCGCCAGGAGCGCCUUCUGGCUGAUGCCCUUGCCGCCGCUGCGCGCGCCCUUGCCCUCGUCUCCGGGCGCCGCUCCGCUGCCGAAGAGGUCGAGCACCUGGUCCGUCUCCAUGCU